UCUACAGCCGUGCUCUGUUGUGCUGUCUGCGAUUUCCGACUGAGUCAACACUGCUCAACACUGAACGCAACUCUGGACCAGCGUUAAUAGUAGUUGGGAACUCUUGUGCUAUUGUAAAACAUUUAAAACAAAGGGAGCGUGCGUUUCGCGCGCACGCCACGUGGACGCUUAACCGUUCAUAGAUAUCAGAGCUGAGGCGGAUGUGAAGGAUAUAUACAUAAUAUAUGUGUGUUACUUAGGAGAAGUGACGGAAAUGAAGUGUGAGACGAUUCUCGUCGGUUUGUUGGCUCUGCUGCAUGCGACAUCAGCUCAAGGACGAGUCGACAAGAACCUGAGGUCCUGCUCUCCUAAUCCGUGUGUGCACGGCACCUGCAUCAACCGCGGACAUGAGAGAUCUGGAGGUCGAGGAAUCGGAAUGGCGCGCUGCGUGUGUGAUGAAGGGUGGUCAGGAUCUCGCUGUAGCAUCGCACGACGCCGCACCACCGGCGGUGGAGACGUGGCGCCUGCCUCACUUGAAAGUGGAAGUUUCAACUGCUUCAGCGAGACACCGCCAUCUAUAGCAAACGCGGUAUUUACGUACAUAUCAACCACCGAUGAUGCUGAAACACUCAGACGUAAAAGACAGAUCGCGCUAGGCCGCACGCGAUUCAGAAGAGCAGCCAGAUGGAAGCGACAAUUCAAGGGAAGAAAAGGUGUAAAGGGCGGCAAGAAGGUCAAGGGAAGAAAAAGCCCGCGGCCUACAGUUGUAGUUGAAGAAGAGGAGCCGGUAACAGCUAGUUCUGCGCGUAUGGAAAGCCAGACCAUCUUUGCGGAGUAUUACUGCAAUGAAGGCUUCUUCAUGCGAAGUGGUUCGCGACAAGCAUCUUGUUCUCGUGAGAGAGGAUGGCUGCUGGACGAUACUCCCGAAUGUGUUUCGGAGUGCGAACACCUGACGCUGAUUAACGGCCAGGUAACAAAGACGAGCGAUGCGUUGUACGCGGGCGUCACUGUGUAUUUCGUCUGCAGCGAAGGGUUCUUGCUGGUUGGGGAUGCGUCGAGUGAGUGCCAGGCAGAUGGGACAUGGAGCUCUAGCGUGCCUGAAUGUCGAAUCACUUGUGGUCGUCCCAGUGUCUCGGCAAAUAGCCACGUAGACUGGAGCGGAAAUGUUGCCAAAUACAGUUGUGCUGAAGGUUACACACUCGUUGGUCAAGCAACGAUAACAUGUAUGGACAACGGAGAAUGGGAGCAUGCAACCCCAGAAUGUAGAGGAACAGAAGUUGUUUGCAGUAGACCAAGAGCACCGACAGGUGGCAGUGUUAGAUGGUCAAGAAUUGGGGGCGAAAUUGCACCAGGAAGCACUGCCACAUAUAGCUGUGGGGAUGGUCUUACCCUUGUUGGUCAAGCAACUAUCACAUGUUUGGACAACGGAGAGUGGGAGCAUGCAACUCCAGAAUGUAGAGGAACAGAAGUUGUUUGUAGUAGACCAAGUGCACCGACAGGUGGCACUGUUAGAUGGUCAAGAAUUGGAGGAGAAAUUGCACCAGGAAGCACUGCCACAUAUAGUUGUGAAGAUGGUCUCACUCUUGUUGGUCAAGCAGAGACCACCUGUAUGGACAACGGGGAGUGGGAGCAUGCAACCCCAGAAUGUAGAGGAACAGAAGUUAUUUGCAGCAGACCAAGUGCACCGACAGGUGGCAGUGUUAGAUGGUCAAGAAUUGGAGGAGAAAUUGCACCAGGAAGCACUGCCACAUAUAGCUGUGAGGAUGGUCUUACUCUUGUUGGUCAAGCAACGAUCACAUGUAUGAACAACGGAGAGUGGGAGCAUGCAACUCCAGAAUGUAGAGAAACAGAAGUUGUUUGCAGCAGACCAAGUGCACCGACAGGUGGCAGUGUUAGAUGGUCAAGAAUUGGAGGAGAAAUUGCACCAGGAAGCACUGCCACAUAUAGCUGUGAGGAUGGUCUUACUCUUGUUGGUCAAGCAACGAUCACAUGUUUGGACAAGGGAGAGUGGGAGCAUGCAACCCCAGAAUGUAGAGGAACAGAGGUUGUCUGCAGUAGACCAAGUGCACCGACAGGUGGCAGUGUUAGAUGGUCAAGAAUUGGAGGAGAAAUUGCACCAGGAAGCACUGCCACAUAUAGUUGUGAGGAUGGUCUUACUCUUGUUGGUCAAGCAACAAUCUCAUGUUUGGACAACGGGGAGUGGGAGCAUGCAACCCCAGAAUGUAGAGGAACAGAAGUUGUUUGCAGCAGACCAAGUGCACCGACAGGUGGCAGUGUUAGAUGGUCAAGAAUUGGAGGAGAAAUUGCACCAGGAAGCACUGCCACAUAUAGCUGUGAGGAUGAUCUUAUUCUUGUUGGUCAAGCAACGACAACAUGUUUGGACAACGGAGAGUGGCAGCACCCUGAGCCAGGUGCGAGAAACUCGGUGCCCUGCCACUUGAGCGAAUUACCUAACGGCGCCAUUUUACCCACUCGUCUCACAGCUGAUGGUGCUUACCGACCUGACGAAGUAGUUGGUUUUGGAUGUGAACUUGGCUACCCUGAUAGGCGCGCGGAAUUGCGUUGUAAUGGGCGACGAUGGUGUGGACAGGAACGCUCCGACAUGCGAGCUGGUGGACUGUGGACAGCCAACCACGACACGGCAAAGAGGAUGGAGAAAUUGUGGGCCGAAUCGUCCAGUUACGGCAGCAUCACUGCACGCUGGAAUGCAGAGAGGGAUACGAAGUCAGGGACGGCGACGGUUCGUUGUUCUGUGACUCCGAUGCGAGUGAUGGGAGAGCUUGGAUUCUGCGUCAUCGUGCAAUGCGGCCCGCCACCUGCCGUCAGCUCUGGGUACUACAUGGAGAUGAGUGCAAGGAAUCGUCACGGCAUCACAACCGCCGCGCCACUAGCACCGAUCAAUGGUAAAUCAACAUGGACGAGCUUACUUCCCAGCGGCGUAGUGACCUACAGCUGCGAGAACGGUUUUCUCUUGGUCGGGGUAACUGAAAACACAUGCAUGGACGACGGAGAGUGGGAGCACCCUGAGCCCAGGUGCGAGGAAACUCGUUGCCUGCCACUUGAGCGGAUACCUAACGGCCAUUUUACCCACUCGUCUCACACUGAUGGUGCCUACCGACCUGACGAAGUAGUUGGUUUUGGAUGUGAACUUGGCUACAACCUGAUAGGCAGCGCGGAAUUGCGUUGUAUGGGCGACGAUGUGUGGACAGGAACGCCUCCGACAUGCGAGCUGGUGGACUGUGGCAGCCAACUACAACCGGCGAAGAGGAUGGAGAAAUUGUGGGCGAAUCGUCCAGUUACGGCAGCAUCACCACGCUGGAAUGCAGAGAGGGAUACGAAGUCACGGACGGCGGACGGUUCGUUUUCUUGUGACUCGAUGGCGAGUGGAUGGGAGAGCUUGGAUCUGCGUCAUCGUGCAAUGCGCGCCGCGCCACCUGCCGUCAGCUCUGGGUACUACAUGGAGAUGAGUGCAAGGAAUCGUCACGGCAUCACAGACCCCGCGGUAUACGUGUUCGAUGACACAACCCACUACAAGUGCGACCCUGAUACGACGCUCGUCGGGGACGCGGUUCUCACAUGCGGCGUUGACGGCUGGGAAGGUGACGUGCCACGAUGUGUGACGUCAGAAUGCAAUACACCAACCCUGACCGUUGCCAAUGGAAGGAUGAUUGGCCAUGACUACUCCGUCGGAGCCACCAUCAAAUAUAUAUGCGAUGCAGGCUAUAUUCUCUCAGGAAGUAGAAUUCGCACGUGUCUACCGACUGAAGAAUGGGACCUGCCGUUACCGCGAUGUGAGAAAGUUGAAUGUCCGAAACCACUGCGGCCAGUUUAUGGCUACAUUGAUGGAUUUACCUACGGCUUCGAAGACACUGUUUCCUACAGGUGCAAAGCUGGAUAUACGCUACAGGGACCGGCAACACGUGUUUGCAGCGUCUCAGGUGAAUGGAGCGGAGAUAACCCAGUGUGCGUGAAGGACAUGACGCCCUGUGAGCAGCAACUAGCACCGAUCAAUGUUGGUUUUGGAUGUGAACUUGGCUACAACCUGAUAGGCAGCGCGGAAUUGCGUUGCAUGGGCGACGAUGUGUGGACAGGAACGCCUCCGACAUGCGAGCUGGUGGACUGUGGACAGCCAACUACAACCGGCGAAGAGGAUGGAGAAAUUGUGGGCGAAUCGUCCAGUUACGGCAGCAUCAUCGCGCUGGAAUGCAGAGAGGGAUACGAAGUCACGGACGGCGACGGUUCGUUGUUCUGUGACUCCGAUGGCGAGUGGAUGGGAGAGCUUGGAUUCUGCGUCAUCGUGCAAUGCGGCCCGCCACCUGCCGUCAGCUCUGGGUACUACAUGGAGCUGAGUGCAAGAAAUCGUCACGGCAUCACAGACCCCGCGGUAUACGUGUUCGAUGACACAGCCCAGUAUAAGUGCGACCGCUGA